AUGGAAAUUUUUAAGAAACUGGAGAUCACCAUACCUUUCUCUGAAGUAUUGCAACAAAUUCCUUCGUAUGCAAAGUUUUUGAAGGAGCUCCUCAUGAAGAAAAGAAAGUACAUUGAAAAGGAGACCAUUGAAGUGCAAGGAAAUUGCAGUGCAAUCAUGCAAAAAGUAUUACCUCCUAAGCUUAAAGAUCCAAGAAGCUUCAUUAUUCCAUAUACCAUAGGAGAUUUGGAAGUUGGAAGAGCAUUGAUUGAUUUGGGAGCUAGCAUUAAUCUAAUGUCGCUUUCUAUGUUCAAAAGGAUUGAAGGCUUGGAUCUCAAGCCUACUAGAAUGACGCUUCAAUUGGCAGAGAGGUCGCUUAAAUAUCCUUAUGGGGUGGUUGAAGAUGUGUUGGUGAAAGUGGGCAAAUUUUUAUUUUCGGUGGAUUUUGUGGUGAUGGAGAUGGAGAAGAAUGGAGAUGUGCCUCUCAUUUUUGGGAGACCAUUCAUGAAAACUUCUAGGGCUUUAAUUGAUGUGGAGAAUGGCAACCUUAAUGUAAGAGUGCAAGAUAAAGAAGUGAAUUUUGAUGUUUAA